GAUGGAAUCCCGGGCCUUAAAUGGAAGGCCUGAGGGCCAGACAGGAAGAUCCCUGGACCAGCCUUUGCUGGUGUGUUUUGGCAGCCCCUGCCUCCGCAGGUUUCUGAAACAUGAAUCCUUCACUCUUCCUGGCUGCCCUUUGCUUGGGAAUAGCCUCAGCUGCUCCAAAACUUGAUCACAGAUUAGCUGUACGAUGGAACCAGUGGAAGACAACACACAAGAAACUAUAUGACGAGAAUGAAGAAGGAUGGAGGAGAGCAGUGUGGGAGAAGAAUAUGAAAAUGAUCGAAAUGCACAAUCAGGAACACAGCCAAGGGAAACAUAGCUUCACCAUGGCAAUGAAUGCCUUUGGUGACAUGACUAAUGAAGAAUUUAGGCAGGUGAUGAAUGGUUUUCAAUACCAGAAGUACAGGAAGAGGAAAGUGUUUCAGGAAUCUCCCUCUGCUGAGAUCCCCCCAUCUUUGGAUUGGAGAGAGAAAGGCUAUGUCACUCCUGUGAAGGAUCAGGGUCAGUGUGGUUCUUGUUGGGCUUUCAGUGCAACUGGUACCCUUGAAGGACAGAUGUUCCGGAAAACUGGCAAACUUAUUUCCCUGAGUGAGCAGAACCUGGUGGACUGCUCUCAGCCUCAAGGCAAUUAUGGCUGUAAUGGAGGCCUAGUACAUAAUGCCUUCCAGUAUGUCAAGGACAACAAAGGCCUGGACUCAGAAGAAUCUUAUCCAUAUCAUGCAAGGGAUGAAUCUUGCAAAUACAAACCUGAGUUUUCUGUUGCCAAUGACACUGGUUAUGUGAACAUCCAUAAGCAAGAGACAUCUCUUAUGAAAGCAGUGGCAAGUGUGGGGCCCAUUUCUGUUGGUAUAGAUGCAAGCCUUAUAUCUUUCCAGUUCUAUAAAAGAGGUAUUUAUUAUGACCCAAAAUGCAGCCCCAAGAACCUGAAUCAUGGUGUUCUGGUUGUUGGCUAUGGCUUUGAAGGAGCACUACUGGAUAACAAUAAAUAUUGGAUUGUCAAGAACAGCUGGGGUACAGUUUGGGGUAUGAAUGGCUACAUAAAGAUGGCCAGAGACCGGGACAACCACUGUGGAAUCGCCACUGAGGCCAGCUAUCCUACAGUGUGAGAUGCUGGUGGUAAAGAGAAACUUAAUUGAGCCAGAAUGUCCAAAGGAGGAAUUUUAUCUGAAAACUGACCAGACUGUAUUGUGUGGGAUAAAACCCUUGAGUCUUGAAGAUCUAAGCUGUGAUCUGAAUUGUGUGACAUUUUACACUGCUAAAAUGUUACCACUUCUUUAAUUAUUGUAUAAAGAGUUUGGUACGAUUGACUUGCCUAAUAACUU